CCACGGCCAUCCUUCAUCGAUAUAAAGGCUCGCAGUUCACCGUCUUUCUCGGCCUCCAGAAUCUUCCUUCAGCCCAUCGUCUUAACUCGUUUCAGGCGCAAAGGACACGAUAUUUGAGCCCCUUUGGCAUUAUCUCGCAUCCUCAGUGCAUGUACUCAAACCAGCUGAGCAGUACGCACAACAAGUAUCGAGGUCUCAAGCAUUCUGCCGCUCCGCUUCUGUGCAAUUGACACCAUUGUGAACGAUGUCUCCUCAAACUUUGCACGUAUCCAACUUUUCUUCUGGCUAUAACACGCCGGAGUCGCAGCUCGAGUCCAUCGUUCCUGUGCACCUGACUGCGGAGCGCCGUCCAUACCAGAUCCAGGUUGCGUCCGAGAACACGUCGUACUCGGACGAGUACAUCACCGCCAAGUUCCAUGAUCGCGGUGCGAGCGUUGAGACACUUCCUGACGGUCAGUUCAAGAUCACACCGACCGUUAAGGAAUACGAAUUCCAAACUCAGAGAAAGGUACCGAAGACUGGCCUGCUCAUGGUCGGUCUUGGUGGAAACAACGGCACCACACUCUGCGCGACGAUCCUCGCAAAUCGUCGCAACAUCUCCUGGCACACUAAGAACGGGAUCCAGCAGCCCAACUACAUCGGCUCCCUUCUUCGUGCCUCCACUGUCAGCAUCGGCACCAAUCCCGAAACCGGCAAGAACGUCUAUGUCCCCAUUGGAGAUGUCUUGCCUAUGGUACAUCCGAAUGAUCUCGUCCUUGGCGGUUGGGAUAUUUCCGGUCUGCCUAUGGACCAAGCAAUGUCUCGUGCGCAGGUCCUCGAUUGGGACCUUCAGCGCCAGGUUGCGCCGUGCAUGGCUGAGUUGGGUGCACCUAUGCCAUCCAUUUAUUACCCCGACUACAUAGCUGCGAACCAGGAGGCGCGCGCGGACAACGUCGUCCCAGGCACUGACAAGCAUGCGCACCUCGAUCACAUCCGUAAUGAUAUCCGCUCAUUCAAGGCGAAACACGGCUUAGAUCAGGUGGUCGUCUUCUGGACUGCGAAUACCGAACGUUAUAGUGACAUUGUCCCGGGCGUCAACGAUACUGCCGAUAAUCUUCUUGCGUCCAUCAAGGUGUCUCAUUCGGAAAUUGCGCCCUCAACUGUCUUCGCCGUUGCAUCAAUUCUCGAGGGUGUUCCCUUCAUCAACGGUGCUCCGCAGAACACGUUCGUUCCUGGUGUAAUCGAUCUCGCGGAACGUCACAAGGCAUUUAUCGGAGGUGACGACCUCAAGUCUGGUCAGACGAAGCUCAAGUCCGUCCUUGCCGAGUUCCUCGUCAAUGCCGGUAUCAAGCCGCUCUCAAUCGCGUCGUACAACCAUCUCGGUAAUAAUGAUGGUCACAACUUGAGUGCAGAGCCGCAGUUCAAGAGCAAGGAGAUCAGCAAGAGUAGCGUCGUCGACGACAUGGUUGCGAGCAAUGCGCUUCUUUACAAGCCUGGUAACCCCGAGGCUAAGGACGCCAAGGCGAAGAAGGGCGAGCAUCCCGACCACAUUGUCGUCAUUAAGUAUGUCCCGGCCGUCGGUGACUCCAAGCGUGCGAUCGAUGAGUAUUACUCUGAGAUCCUUUGCGGUGGUCGUUCGACAAUCAGCAUUUUCAAUGAAUGCGAGGAUUCGCUCCUGGCGACACCCCUCAUUCUCGACCUCACGAUCCUUGGCGAACUUUUCACUCGCGUCAAAUACCGUGACGUCUCGAAGUCCACUGAAUUUGGACCGCUGUACUCAGUGCUCUCGCUGUUGUCGUUCAUGCUCAAGGCGCCACUCGUUAAGCCUGGCACCGAUGUCGUUAACAGCCUUAGUAGGCAGCGGAACGGGCUCGAGGCAUUCUUGAAGGCCUGCAUUGGCCUUGAUGGUUCGUCGGACCUUAUCCUUGGCACUCGUCUGUGGUGAAGGGAGGCGGUGGCUGGAGAAUGCCUCUGAGCUAAGUACGGAGAGUUCUCAACAACUCUUUCGUUGCAUGUGGUCCGGUCUGGACGGAACUGCAAGGGAACAGAAAUGUGUAUUCAACUACCUUUUCUUAUUCAGUAUUCGUAAACGUUUGUUAUUUUUUUGAUGAUGAUAUUGCGUGAAUCUAUAUGCGUCUGUGCGUCUUAGGGAGUGUUCCGCAGCUGCUGCGACUCAUUAUCAGAUUG